GCUUGUGUGCCGGUGUCAUGGCAACGGAAAACCUCCAGACGGUAGGACACCUGGAGGAGGCCUCUCCCUUUUCCUCCUCCUCUCCCUCUCUCGCCUCUGCUGACCACCGCGGCUGGUCUAGGGGGAAGAACUAGCAGUCGCCACACUUUUAAAAUGUUUCACCAUCCCAAGUGACGAGCUUCUGACCCCAAAACCUAGCGAGUUUUGGCUAAUUUUUGCCGUUUAUCCCGUGAACUUUCGACCUAAACGCCCUCAAGUCAACAAAGGGAUGAGCCCCAUGAAGAGAAACACUGCCUGUGGUGUGAUCACCUUCCACACACCGUUUGCUGUCAGCCUGUUGAAAUCAGAGGAGUGCACGGCAGAUGUGAAGGACGUCACAGAGACCGGAAAGCGGCUGUCUCAGCUGACUGCGAGGCCGAGGAGCAUCAGCAGAUGUGUGAGAGCGGGGAAAAGGGAUGAGGCCUCACCCUCUGGGCCACAGCCGGGUGCCAAACGGGACAGGGUCUCUCACACCUCCCUCAGACAACUGCAGGCAAAGAUGGAGACUGAAAAUCUACAAGCAAGAGAAAUAAUCAAACCUUUGCUGGAUACAGAAAAUGGUUUUGUGAAGGGGUUGGAGAGGUUUCUGAGCCAACGAGAUGUAACAGAGCUGAGGAGGAGGGAGCUGCUGCACAAGCGCUGGACUGAGCGUGUAUGGUUUCCACUCCAGAGGAGAGUGGAGGAACAUGUGUCCAGCUGUAGCCCUGCAGAGGCCAAGAGGCGCCAGGGCUUGUACAGUCACUAUCUCCAUCACUGCAACACGAAGGGUUUUGUGUUUCUAGAAACUUAUGAUCUGAAGGAGUACAAUCCUUUUCUUCUCAACAUCAAAAAGCCGCACUACUUCAAGCUCAAUAUGGCUGACUUACAGGACUCACUGCACCUUCAGUUACAUGAAAGAAUGAAGGAAAAGAGAACAGCCCGUUCUUGUGAAGCAGGAUGUAAAUACACAAGGAGACAAGUAGAGAAGUUACCUCAGAGAGAUCGUCCUCUGGGAGAGUCUGUGACGCCUCAGGCCAGCACACCUCUACAAGCCUCAUCCACUUAUUCAGUCUCUGCAUCUGGGAAAACUCCAGUGGGGGAUGAGACUGAAGGAAGGUCCAGCAGGCUUGACACUAUACCAUACCACAUACGUGCGACUACCACACCAGAUGGAAGGUGCCACCAGACCGGCUGCUGGUUCUCCGCAUGUGGAUGUCGCAAACAACCGUUAAGUUUACAGCAACUUCAGUCCUCGCCUACACCCAAAUAAAAUCUUUGUUUGAUACAAAUCUUCACCUCUAUUCACUUCUAACUACCUCAGAGUUUUCCUAGGAAACCAACAAUGUGUUGAGAAAGUGGUGAAACAGCCACAACA